CACCAAUGGAGGAAGAAGAGCAUCUUCACUGCAACUCCCCUGUCGUCAGCCAAUAUGCAGCUCAGCACUACGGCCAACCUUCAAGCAAGACCGUCUCUUCUCCACUUCAACCCGAGAACACAUCAACCUGUCCUGUUACACCCGUACACAACACACCUGUCCACAACUCGGGUGAACACACAAUCCUGCUCGUCCACAAGUCACCCGAACACACCUUCCCCGUCCACAACUCGAUCGAACCCACCACCACUGUGAGAACUACAACGCUACCAUCUUCGCCUUCUGGCACACCUCCUUGGUUAGAGAGUCCGAAGUCACCGCCAAGGAUUUAUCGUUCAUUCAUCUACGAAGCUUCUGAACAUCCAAACAGCCCCCCAUUUCACCAUCUUCUAAAUCAAGGUCUUGAAAUCUUCGAGCCCAUCAGCCCUGAGGUCCCUUCAUUAAACAAUCCUCGAUACGACACUUCAACGCGUCGAGGUAGUAUCACACCCGACACUUCUCCAAACAAGAGCAGUGGAUUUGCUGAACAUGCCGCAUCUGUCAAUGCCUUUGCUGCAACCGCUACAUCGAAACGCACCCCUAUCCCCAUCUGUAAUUUUGAUCAGAGCCAGGAGAACACCGCGGAAGAUUAUAAGGAAAACACCGGGGAUGACGACCAAGAGACACCCGUGGAGGAGGACUAUGUUGAAUUGAGUGACUGAUCCCCUGCUAGGCCCACUCCACGACAUCAGCCAUCAGAUGAAGAACUCCAUCUCGCAGGCGUGCUUGAAAAGUGCCCGGGUGUACCAGCCCUUGAUCUGUUGUCUCAGCUCCCACAGACUGAGUGGGACCUCUUCUUUGCAACGCUUAGUUCAAAAAAGGACGUGUAAGUCACUUCGGACCUCACUAGUCAGAUUUUUUAUGUUGCAGAAUAAAUGCACUCCCUUCUGAGUUUAAUGCUUGAACUAUUG